UAGAAGAAGCCGAUCGCGUAGUCGAGCUCUUCAGAAGAGUUUAUCCAAAUCUAUCACAGUACACAGCUUAUCCGUAUAAUUGAAAGGUUUUGCCUUGAAAAGAGCUGGCCAGAAUGGCAUUAGACUGGGUUGGCAAUCUUGUUUCAAUCCAUUGUGGACCAACUCUAGGAGUCUACCAAGGGGAGAUUUCUUCAGUGGAUCAGACCAGUCAGACCAUCUCUCUCAGAAACCCCUUCCACAAUGGAGUCAAAUGCACUGUGCCUGAGGUCACCUUCAGUGCCAUGGACAUAAAAGAUCUUAAAAUUCUAGAGAUCUCCAAAAAUUCUAUUGAAGUUUCCAAGCAGAAUGGUCCAAACUCCAGUUCCACCACCUUGAUGCCGCACAGUGGACGCAAGGACAAAGGUGGGGGUGGUGGUGGUGCCCCAGUGAACAGCGCUCCUGUGAUGGUACCUAAUAAAGCUGAACCCAGACUGCAGGAAGGAGGAGUUUCGCCAGUGCCACAUUAUUCCAAGAGUUACGGUGAACGUCACAUAGAUAUGGCUGUACAGGGUAAAGGCUUUAGACGAAGACACAACUCAUGGUCGUCUAGUUGCAGAGGUCCAAAUCAGGCCACACCGAAAAAGAACGGACUCAAGAAUGGCGGUCACAUGAAGAACAAAGACGAUGAAUGUUUUGGAGACGGUAUGGACGAUGUUCUCGACGAGGACUUUGACUUUGAAGGGAACCUGGCACUGUUCGACAAGGCUGCGGUGUUCUCGCAGAUCGAAUCGUCAGAACGGCGAGGAAACGGUGCAAGAUCUCGAGGGACACCUGGAGAACAAACACCAUCUAGAUACCGGCACGAUGAGAACAUCCUUGAGGCCAAACCUGUCGUUUAUAGACAGAUCACAGUUCCACAGAAUGGAAUGAAAGAAUAUAGCACUGAUUCAGGUCUUGUGGUACCCAGCAUCUCCUUCGAGUUGCAUAAGCGUUUGUUAGCUGCAGCAGAAAGUCACGGUCUCUCUCUGGAGCGCAGGCUUGAGAUGACGGGUGUAUGUGCGAGUCAGAUGGCCCUCACGCUACUUGGAGGACCAAACAGACUUACCCCAAAGAAUGUGCAUCAACGGCCCACGGUGGCCCUGCUGUGUGGACCUCAUGUCCAGGGAGCUCAGGGCAUCAGCUGUGGACGUCACUUGGCCAACCAUGAAGUAGAGGUCGUCCUUUUCCUGCCAAAUUUCGUCAAGAUGUUGGAGGCCAUCACCAGUGAACUAGCACUAUUCGGAAAGACUGGAGGCAGACUGGUUUCUAAUGUGAAAGACUUGCCCGAGACGCCAGUUGACCUGGUCAUAAACUGCCUGGACUCCCACGAAAACGGAUUCCUGAGAGACCAGCCGUGGUACAAGGCCGCUGCUGACUGGGCCAACCAAAACCGAGCCCCCGUCCUGAGCAUUGACCCUCCAGUAAGCGGACAAGCGCAUGCGGUGGAAGCAAAAUGGUCACUUUCCCUGGGCCUCCCCCUUCCCCUGUCAGAAGGCGCUGGCCGGGUCUACCUAUGUGACAUCGGCAUCCCCCGACAGGUGUUCCAGGAAGUGGGAAUCAAAUAUCACUCCCCCUUUGGAUGUAAAUUCGUCAUCCCACUGCACUCCGAAUAAGCCGCUGACCUUCACAGCUCACUGAACCUGCCUUAAAGAUUUUAGAAAUGAAUCGAUGCUGGUUUGAAUGUUGCCGCAGAACUGGAACUUCUCAGUCUUUUUUUUUUUUAUACUUUUGUGAUGAUUCCCAUGAGAGGGAAGUGAUGGAAAAUACCAGCUCUUGUGACAAAUCUGACAAGUUAAAAGCAGAAUCGACAUUAGUAUACUCUCCAUCUGCUUACAUUAAUGGCCGUUUUAAUACACGAUAACGAUCUUUUUAAAUGACACAGCUUUCAUAACCCAUUCAUCGCAGUGUAAACACCUGGCUCAAUUUGGUCUUACAGCAUGUUCGAUUCAUACUUUCAGCAUCUCAAAUAGAAGAAUCUGCUUUUAGUUUACAGUCUGAUUUAAAUCGAUAUUUGUUUUCAUAGAAAUAUGUGCAUUAGAUGAGGGGGUUGCCUUUUCCCCUUCCAUUUUUAUUUUUUCAUUUCAUGCCAGAUUGAUCAAUGUCGUUGUCACCUCAACUGAGAUUGAGGCAGUAAGUUUAUUCAUACAAAGCGUUGUUUGCUUUGUUGACCAAGCCUGGUGUGCUGUAAAUAUGACAGAUUGAAUGGCUUCUUAUCAGUGAUAAAAUGUCGCACACUUGAAUGGACAGCAGGAAACGUACUGAAAACUUAGUUUGGUUGACUUUGGACCAGUACUGAGAAUUGUAAACAGUUAUUGGCCAAUACCACCAAUUUUUGUAUUCUAAUUAUUAUCGCUAUGCUUCACCUCAUUUACGUUUGUUUCCAUUUUUGGUGGUCAGAAAAAAAUUAUCUACGAAAUCCAAUUUUAGGGUUUCAGAUUGAGUCAGCUUAAUGAAAACUUAGUUUGGUUGACAUUUGGACCAGUACUGAGCAUUUUAAGCAGUUAUUGGCCAAUACCACCAAUUGUCCUAUUCUAAUUAUUAUCGCUAUGCUUCACCUCAUUAAUGUUUGCAUCCAUUUUCGGUGGUCAGAAAAAAAGAGAGCUACAAAAUCCAGUUUUAGGGUUUCAGAUUGAGUCGGCAAAAUGAAAACUUAGUUUGGUGGACAUUUGGACCAAUACUGAGCGUUUUAAGCAGUUAUUGUCCAAUACCACCAAUUUUCCUAUUCUAAUCAUUAUUGCUAUGCUUCACCUCAUUUAUGUUUGUUUUUGGUUGUCAGAAAAAAAAUGAAUCUGAAACCCUAAUACUGGAUUUCGUGAGUGAGUCAGCAUACUGAAAACUUAGUUUGCUUGACAUUGGACCAGUGCUGAGCAUUUUAAGCAGUUAUUGGUCAAUAUACCACCAAUUUUUCUAUUGUAAUUAUUAUUGCUAUGCUUAAUUUAGUUUACAUUUACUUACGAAAUCCAGUUUUAGGGUUUCAGAUUGAGUCAGCAUAAUGAAAGCGUAGUUUGGUUGACAAUGGACCAGUACUGAGCAUUUUAAGCAGUCAUUGGCCAAUACCACCAGUUGUCCUAUUCUAAUUAUUAUCGCUAUGCUUCACCUCAUUGAUGUUUGUUUCCAUUUUCGGUAGUCAGAAAAAAGAUUCUGAAACCCUAAAACUGGAUUUCAUAGGCGAGUCAGCAUACUGAAAACUUAGUUUGGUAGACAUUGGACCAGUACUGAGAAUUUUAAUCAGCUUUUGGCCAAUACCACCAACUUUCCUAUUCUAAUUACUGUUGCUAUGCUUUAUCUCUUUUAUGUUUGUUUCCAUUUUUGGUGGUCAGAAAAAAAAUUACUUGUACCCAAUAUCCAGUUUUAGGGUUUCAGAUUGAGUCAGCAUAAUAAAAACGUUGUUUGGUUAACAUUGGACCAGUACUGAGCAUUGUAAGCAGUUGGCCAAUACCACUAGUUUUUCUAUUCUACUUAUUGUUGCUAUGCUUUACAUCAAUUACGUUUGUUUUCGAUAGUCAGAAAAAAUUUACUUACGAAAUCCAGUUUAGGGGUUUCAGAUUGAGUCAGCGUACUGAAAACUUAUUUUGGUUUACAUUGGACCAGUACUGCGCAUUGUAAGCAGUCAUUGGCCAAUACCACCAAUUUUCCUAUUCUAAAUAUUAUUUCUAUGCUUAAUUUCAUUUACGUUUGUUUUUGGUGGUCAGAAAAAAAAAUGAAUCUGAAACCCUAAAACUGGAUUUCGUAGGUGAGUCAGCAUACUGAAAACUUGGUUUGGUUGACAUUGGACUAGUACUGAGCAUUUUAAGCAGUUAUUUGCCAAUACCACGUUUUCCAAUUGUAAUUAUUAUUGCUAUGCUUCACCUCAUUUACAUUUAUUUUCGGUGAUCAGAAAAGAAAUAACUUUAAAAAAUCCAGUUUUAGGGUUUCAGAUUGAGCCAGCGUUGCUUGUUUGGUUACACCAAACAAGAAUCUUUUAUUAGGAGAGAUGCUUCAGGUGUGGCAGUAAACCUGCUUACUGAAAUUAAUGCGUGAUUUUUAUUACACGUCAUAAUAUUGUGCGCACAAACCCAUAAUUCAGUGAGCCCAAGUACUUUUGGGUAACAUAUGUAGAGUUUUUCAGUGAGCACUAAUAAAGGCAACUUUAUUCACGCCUUCAAAAUUAAUAUGAGAGGCACUUACAAGACAAAAAUCAUCUAUAAAAGAUCGAUAUGAUAGAAAUAAAUCGAUGUGAUAGAAAUAAACUUUGAAAUGUUUUGCAGCUGACCCCAGGAAAUAAUGUACUGCUUUCAUCAGAUUCAUUCGCUUUUUUCUAAAUUAUCAUUUUGUUAAAGCUGUAUUGUGACGUCUUCUGAACUUCUCUUUUUUUUUCUGUUGUAUGAUCUUUGUCAUGUUCUCUUGGUCAUUUAUACAUUUAUUUCUUACACUUUAAAAAAACAUUGGUUAAGCUAUGUACAAUCUAGGGGUGACGUUACUAAAGUUGACCACCUCAGAUGUCUAAAAUUUCUUGUCUUAAGUGUUUAGAGAAACUAUAAACCAACAGACCUUAUACAUCAGCUAUUCUUAGUGAUGCGGGGGGAAACGGAAAGCUAAAUGUGAAUUGUUCUUUUUUCUGUUGAUGUUUGUCUGUAUGUUCACUGGUACAGCUUUGAUGGCUGUUGGAGAGCCGUUUGGUUCAUUGAAAUAAGUUUUGAGCAUAAAAACUAAGACUAAAUGGGAAAGGAAAUUAAUGAAAGAUGAUUAAUUAUGCUAAUGAAAUUCCAUAGUUCCAUGUUUUGAGAACAUUGAAUAGUGAAGUUCCAUUUUAUAGUGAACAAAUACGUACAUGUCUAAUUAUUCAGCAAAUCCAGCUCUAAAAGAGUUUAAAAAUGGUGCCAAAAUCGACUUGUUACUUGAGGUUAGAAAUAGUACUGCUGUAUUACUGGUUUGCAGAAAAAGAAACAAUUCGGCUUUAAUUAAUAACAGCUGCAGAGCCCAGUCGUAAUAUUCAGUUGAAUAUUGUUUCAUACCUAAGCACUGCAUAUACUCCGAUGUUAAAAUGCAGUUUGAGAUCAAUCAUUCCUCUAUAGGAGUUUGCUUCUAAAAUCUAUGACCAAACUGUCUUGAGCAAUUGAAGAAGUGUUGUUGGUGUUCAUUUGUGUGGCUCCUCAAUAUUUGUCACAAUGACAUCACUGAAGGUUCCAGGAGGUUUUGUUCGGUAUCUUUGGAAAAAAAAGAAGCAUAUUUUUGGUUUAUUUCCAUUCUCGUAGCUUUUUCUUCACAGAAGCAUGAGAUAAAGGUUGUUAGCGUUGCGUAACUUUAUCAUUUAUCUCUGCACCUGUUGUAUAAGGGAAGAUGCAAUUUUGUAAAUUUGUUCAGGCAACAAACUUGUUACCAUUAAUUAUAAAUUAACGACAUAUCUGUUCAGAAUAGUUCUGUUAUCACUGGAAACCUUACAUGCUCAACUUUGUCAACCUUGAAAUGCAAGGACUGAAUAAAUAAAGAGAAUGGAAAUAUGGCUGUGAA